AAAAUUUUUCGAGAUUGUAGCCCGAAGUGACUGUAGUUCCGCAAAGUCUUUCCGGCAGAUGCCAUUAGUGGUGAUUUGCUGAAAAUCCUGGCGGUGCACUCCUGUGACAUGGCUACAAAUAAUAUAGCAGAAGUUGAGGAUAUAGAAAAGAAAGAAGAAGAGGUAGCUAAUUUGGAAGAAUUUCCACCUGAGCUUCUCAUCAAACACCCUUUACAAAAUACCUGGACACUUUGGUAUUACGAAAAUGAUCGCAGUAAGACCUGGGAACAGAAUCAACGAGAAAUCACCAGUUUUGAUACAGCUGAAGACUUUUGGAGUUUAUACAAUCACAUAAAAUUGGCUUCCGAACUGCGACAAGGUUGUGAUUACAGCAUGUUCAAGCGAGGUAUCCGGCCUAUGUGGGAAGAUGAUGCAAACAAAAAAGGAGGGAGAUGGUUAAUCAGUUUAGACAAAAAACAGAGAAAUAAUGACUUGGACCGUUUUUGGCUUGAAGUCCUUUUAUGCAUGAUUGGAGAAGCUUUCAACGAGUGUUCAGACGAUGUUUGUGGGGCUGUGGUCAAUGUAAGACCAAAAGGUGAUAAAAUCGGCGUAUGGACCGCAGACGCAAGGAGAGAGCUUAGCGUGAUGGAUAUUGGACGCAAAUUGAAAGAAAGGUUGCGAAUUGCACCAAAGGCAAACAUAGGCUACCAAAUACAUAAAGACACUAUGGCCAAGGCAGGAAGCGUUACCAAGAAUACUUACACUGUCUAACUAGGAACCCUUUCGAUUAUUGUUAUAUCACCUUCACAUUUCCUGAACCAGAUCAUUGAAAAUAACAGAUAUUUGAAAACGAAACAAAAUAUAUAUGUAUCAUCAUCUUAAUUUAAACGACCCAUCCAUGAGGAGAACUAAAGUGUGUAGAAGUGAAGCCAGGGGCUAACUUGAAAAAAAUCAGGUAGUCCACAGUACGAAGGUUAAAAUGACAAAAAAGAAUAGAAAUUUCGUUGCAAUAAUUUUCUUUUUUUUCUUCUCAAUGCGUGACUGAAGAGAUGAUUAAUAAAUGAUUUAUUAAUGAAGUAGAUGAAAGAUAUAUUAAUAUAAAAUUUUACAUUAAUAUACGAUACUUGUCCUCGCAGUUAUUGAUCUGGGAGGCAUGAGCGCAGGCUGCUGUAUUUUCUGUUGUAGGAAUAAUUUUUUUUUUUUUUUGUACGAGUAUACAGUAUCAUAUGAAAGAAACUAUACAUGUGCGAUCGAGUCAUAUUAAAAAAUAAAGUUAUUCUUUUCUCACA